UGUGGAGAUACACUGACAGACACACAGAAUGUCAAGGAUACACUGAGUACAUUCACUCCAGAAGGAAUGUUAGCAUGCACAAUGAAGCAUAACCAAAUUAUUUACAAGUAAAACUCAACAAGUAAUUAGUAAAAAUUUUGAAUUGAUUUCAAAGUAAAUUUGUGCUGCAGUAUUAUUUAGUCACUGAGUUUUAACAUUACAACAAUCAUGAAUAUUCUUCUACAUCAAAACUUCAAAAUAGCGUGCGUGCGGCGGGCGCCGUGGCGCGUGCUGGGCGCCCGGGCAGCUGGCGGAGGAGGAGGAGGUGGAGGAGGUGGAGGAGGAGGAGGGGCGGCGGAGCGCAAGACGACGCAGUUGCGGCGUCUGCUCACCUCCCCGGAGCUCAGCUUCCUCAUGGAGGCGCACAACGGCCUGAGCGCGCGCAUCGUCGACGAGGCGGGCUUCGAGGGCGUGUGGGCGUCGGGGCUGUCCAUCUCGGCGCAGCUGGGCGUGCGCGACUGCAACGAGGCGUCGUGGACGCAGGUGCUGGAGGUGGCGGAGUUCAUGGCCGACGCCUCGCGCGCGCCCGUGCUGCUGGACGCCGACACGGGCUACGGCAACUUCAACAACGCCAGGCGCCUCGUGCGCAAGCUGGAGGAGCGCGGCGUCGCAGGGUGCUGCAUCGAAGACAAGUGCUUCCCUAAGACCAACUCGCUCCUGGACGGCAGACCGCAGCCACUAGCAGACAUUGAAGAGUUCUCUCUCAAAAUCCAGGCGUGCAAGGAGGCGCAGCGCGACGCGGACUUCUGCGUGGUGGCGCGCGUGGAGGCGCUCAUCGCCGGCUGGGGGCUGGCGGAGGCGCUGCGCCGCGCAGAGGCCUACCGCGCCGCGGGCGCAGACGCCCUGCUCGUGCACAGCAAGCGCCGCGACGCCGCCGAGAUCGAAGCCUUCAUGGCCGAGUGGCGCGGACAGGGGCCGGUGGUGAUCGUGCCCACCAAGUACCCUACCACCCCGACGCAGCGCUUCCGCGAGAUGGGCGUGUCCGCCGUCAUCUGGGCCAACCACAACCUGCGCGCCUGUGUCACCGCCAUGCAGAACACCUCGCAACGCAUCAUGCGGGAGCAGUCCAUUGCGGGCGUCGAGGCCGAGUAUAGAAUGAAUGCGCUUCAUAAGAAGUAUGUGGGUUUCUCUGUAACAGAAGAAAACUCCCCUUGUAAUACUGAUAGAAAACCAAUUUUCAAAAUGUACUAUUCCUGCCAAGAAGCCUCUCCUUAUUUCACUUUUGCGAUCUCAAACUUU